CUGACACCUCCUGCUUUAGACAUCCUGACAGCUGAUUGGUUGAUGUUAAUGAAGUCACAGUGAAGCUCACCUGCUGCCUCACCUGUCUGCACAGAGCAGGGGCCAGCAGCCAAUCAGACAGCAGCUCUGCUCUGAAAUGCAACUGAACCUGUCGGGCAGAGAGAGAGAGGGCGAGUCUCAUUGAAUGAGAGUGGGAACUCCCACAGAGAGAGGGAGGGAGAGAGAGAGAGAGAGGAAGGAGAAAGACUCAGAGAGCGAGCGACGUCCAGCUGUCCACACCUGCUGGUCAGAACACGCCGUGACAUCACUGUGACAUCAUGAGCUCCUCCACUGGACACACAGACAACAGGGCUCCUGUGGGGGCCUCAGACCUCUCCAACAUCCAGGACCUGGAGCUGAGGGAGGAGUGGCAGGAUGAUGGCUUCCCAAGGCCUCUCCCAGAGGAUUGUGGGAGUCCGGGGGGGUCAGAGAGUCCGACAGGCGGCGAGCAGCCAGCCCCACCCACCAGCCUGGCACUAUCAGGAGGCGGGGCUAAGAAGCGUCUGGUGGCCCCGUCGCUCAGCCUCAAUCUGAGCCGCAAAGACUCUCACCCGAGCAACGACGGCUUCUCUGCCGCCGCACUGUCAGCCACGCCAGACGAGAUACUGUCUCUCAACAUCGACCUGGAGGCUCUGGAGACGCCUUCAGGCAGUGAGACGGGAACACUGCCAGACAGCUCGCACGAGCUGGAGUGGGAGGAUGACCUCCCUCGGAUGGCGAGGGCGGGAACUGGGGGUGGGGCCACAGCGUUGGCGAGGAGCCCCAUGGAGCACUCAGAGGGUCUGAUGGAGCUGGACCAGGUGGACAGCAGGGGGCGCCGCUGGAGGAAGUUCUGCAUCUCAGGACAAGAAUUCCACGUCAACAUGAGCGUGUUGGAGCCAUACCUGCAGGUCCUGUCACACGGAGGUUACUAUGGAGACGAGAUGAAUGCCAUCAUCCUGUUCACCUCAUGCUACCUGCCAGAGAACACCAUAGAGGACUAUGAGUACGUCAUGGACAACCUGUUCAGGUACAUAGUAGGAACUUUAGACCUGAUGGUCUCUGAGAACUACCUGUUGGUCUACCUAUGUGCGAUGGCUCCCAGAAACAAGCUACCGGCCAUGAGAUGGCUCAAUCAGUGCUACACCUCCAUCGACAGGAGGCUGAAGAAAGACCUGAAGGGGCUGCUGGUGGUCCAUCCUGCCUGGUACAUCAAAGCUCUGAUCACUUUGGUCAAACCCUUCAUCAGUGAGAAGUUCGGCAGGAAGAUCCGCUUCAUCCAGAGUCUGCACGACCUGUCAGAGUUCAUCCCUACGGACAGACUGCAGAUCCCCGAGGCUAUACGCCAGUUUGAUCAGAAGUUGAACAGAUGACGAUCACAGACUGUCAGAGGUCAGCAGACUGGAUGGAUCCUAAAGGUCAAAGGUCAUAGGGAGCUCCUGGGCCUGAUGACCUUUGACCACGGGGCUGUACAGAGGGAUUUAUUUAUACUGUCUCUUUAAAGGGGGGGGGGGUCAGUCUCACCUCCACAAACUGUUUGAGUCUUCAACCUGUUGGACGCUGAUUGGCUCCGCCCCUCACUGAGUCAUCAGGUGGAGGUGAGGCGAGGUGUGAGGCUGCAGGAGAACAUUGUUCUCCAUGAUUCAUGUAAAUAAGAUUUGAUUCAAGGUGUCUGGGGUUGUUGUUGUUUGUCUUUUAUAUUUAUUUGUUUGUUUACUCUCGUUUAAUCUCGUGUGUGGUCACAGCACACUCUGCUGGAGAUUACAGGAACUGCAGCUCAAAGAACAAAGUUUAACUUGAUGCACUACCAAUAAACGCCUUUCAAAUCUG